AUGCACAAUCUUACCUCCAUGCCUGCAUUUCUGCUGCUGGGAUUCUCAGAUAUUCGAGAACUACAGCUCUUGCACUUCUUCAUGUUCCUAGUCUUGUACUUGAUGGCAAUAAUAGGGAAUCUUUUAAUUGUCAUUGUCAUUGUCCUUGAUCACCACCUUCAUACCCCUAUGUAUUUCUUUCUAAUGAAUUUGGCCAUCAUGGACCUUGGAACAGUCACAGUUAUGGUGCCCAAAUCAAUGGCUAUUUCCCUUUACAACAACAGGUUAAUUUCUUAUUUUGGAUGUGUUGCUCAGGUUUUCUUUUUACAUUUUUUUGGAAUAUCAGAUUUUGCUCUCCUAACUAUAAUGGCACAUGACCGUUACGUUGCUAUUUGCAGACCACUGCAAUAUGAGACAAUUAUGCACAAAGGAGCCUGUAUGCGGAUGGUAGCCAUUGGGUGGAUCACAGGCUUUCUUGCUGCCAUGUUACAUACUGGGAGCACCUUUGGUAAUACCUUCUGUGCUAAUUCUGUCCAUCAGUUCUUCUGUGAAAUCUCAAAAUUACUGAAGAUCUCUUGCUCCGACUUUUACCUAGUUGAAGUUCGGGUUCUUGUGAUAGCCUUUAUUAUAUCAGUAGGAUGCUUCAUUUUCAUCAUCAUAACAUACAUGCAGAUCUUUUCUACAGUGCUCAGAAUACCUUCUUCAGAUGGUCAGAAAAAAGCCCUCUCCACUUGCAUUCCCCACCUCACUGUUGUCUCUUUGCUUAUGUUCACUGGUGCCUUUGCCUACGUAAGGCCACCCACUGACUCUUCUUCUGAUCUAGAUAUAGUUUUUGCUGUGAUAUAUACCAUAAUUCCUCCCACAUUAAAUCCAUUUAUUUACAGUAUGAGAAACAAAGAAAUUAAGACUGCUUUGUGGAAACUGUUCUAUAAAAAUGGUGUUGUAUACUGUUCUAUAUGUUAA